AUGGGGAGAAUCACCACUAAUUCUGUCAGCUAAAACAUGGAAUGACCAAGACACGUCACAAUAUUACUUAAACUACUACUCCCAACAUGCAAAGUGAGGCUCUACCCCUGCGUCUGAAGGGGGAGCGAGGAGCACCCUGGGAGCGGUAGUUCUCCUGGGCGCCUGCCGAGGUUGUCAGUGCGGCGGUAGCGUCUUUCUUGUCUCCAGCCAGCCGGUCUUGUGAGGGCGUGCUGAGUUGGUGAAAGGGUGAGUCAGGCACUGUUUAAGCCGUAAACAGAUGCGGCACCGCGGCGUAAUGCUAAAUUAAGUAAGCACGGCCUGGGCCUCAGUCUUAAAGUCAGCGAGGGAAGAUUGGAGACACCUUCAGUGUGCCGCCAUUUCCACCAUGCAGUCCCGGGAGGAAGCCCCGCGCUUUCGCCGCCUCGUCAGCCCCAGCGGCGGGAGACAGUCCAGGCUUCACAAACCUACAGUUUCGGCCUUUUUCACGGGGCCAGAGGAGCUGAAGGACUCGGCCCAUUCAGCAGCCCUGCUGGCACAGCUCAAGUCCUUCUACGAUGCGAAGCUGCUAUGCGACGUAACCAUCGAGGUGGUGACACCUGGUAGUGGGCCUGGCACAGGUCGCCUCUUUCCCUGCAACCGCAACGUCUUGGCCGCCGCGUGCCCAUACUUCAAGAGUAUGUUCACGGGCGGCAUGUACGAGAGCCAGCAGGCGAGUGUGACCAUGCACGAUGUGGACGCCGAGUCCUUCGAGGUGUUGGUUGACUACUGCUACACGGGCCGCGUGGCGCUGAGCGAGGCCAACGUAGAACGCCUCUAUGCGGCCUCUGACAUGCUUCAGCUCGAGUAUGUGCGGGAAGCCUGCGCCUCCUUCAUAGCCCGUCGCCUCGACCUGACCAAUUGCACCGCCAUCCUGAAAUUCGCAGACGCCUUUGACCAUCACAAGUUGCGGUCUCAGGCCCAGUCCUUUAUAGCCGACAACUUCAAGCAGCUCAGCCAAAUGGGUUCAAAUCGGGAGGAGACUCUGGCAGAUCUGACCCUGGCCCAGCUGCUGGCUGUCCUGCGCUUGGAUAGUCUGGACAUAGAGAGUGAGCGGACUGUGUGCCAUGUGGCUGUUCAGUGGCUGGAGGCUGGGCCUGAAGAGCGGGGUCCUAGUGCUGCAGAAGUCUUCAAGUGUGUCCGUUGGAUGCACUUCACCGAAAAGGAUCGGCACUACCUGGAAGGGCUGCUGACCAAGCCCAUUAUGAAGAAGCAUUGCCUGGACGUUAUUGAAGGGGCCCUACAAAUGCGCUAUGGUGAUACGAUGUACAAGACUGUGGUGCCCAAGCCAAACAGCAGCACCGGCUGUAUUGUGUCUUCAGCAGAAAAGCCACCCCAGAGGAUGGGUAUGUGUGCCAAGGAGAUGGUGAUUUUCUUUGGACACCCCAGAGAUCCCUUUCUGUGCUGUGACCCAUACUCAGGGGAUCUGUACACGUUGCCAUCGCCUUUGAUCAGCCUGGUUCACACUGGAACUGUCACCUCCUCGGCUGUCUGUAUCUCUCCAGACCAUGACAUCUAUCUAGCUGCCCAGCCCAGGAAAGACCUCUGGGUAUAUAAACCGGCCCAGAAUAGUUGGCAGCAACUUGCAGACCGCUUGCUGUGUCGUGCAGGCUUGAAUGUGGCUUACAUUGAUGGCUACGUUUACGUUUUGGGUGGACGAGAUCCUGUUACUGGUGUUAAACUGAAGGAAGUGGAAUGCUAUAGUGUUCAGAGGAACCAGUGGGUGCUGGUGGAACCACUACCCCAUUCUUUUAUAUCCUUUGACCUAGUAGUAAUCCGGAGCUAUCUUUAUGCUGUCAAUAGUAGCCGUGUGUUCUGCUAUGAUCCUAGCCACAAUACGUGGCUGAAGUGUAAUUCUCUGAAACGCAGAAACUUUCAGGAUGCCUGUGCAUUCAAUGAUGAGAUGUAUUGUGUCUGUGACAUCCCAGUUGUGAAGGUCUACAACCCAUUCAGAGGGGAAUGGAGGCAGAUUAGAAAUAUUCCCUUGGUAUCAGGGACUAACAACUACCGGGUUAUCAAUCAUGGCCAAAAGUUGCUGCUAAUCACCUCGUACACCCCACAGUGGAGAAAGAACCAGGUGACUGUGUAUGAAUAUAACACCAGGGAAGACCAGUGGAUUCACAUAGGUGCCAGGUUUGGCCUCUUGCAGUUUGACUCUCACUUUUUUUGCGUCUCCGCUCGUGUUUUUCCUUCUUGCCUUGAACCUGGUGAGAGUUUCAUCACUGAGGAAGAGGAGAUACGGACUGAACCUAAUACUGAAUGGGACAUAGGUGGAUUCAGUGAGCUGAACUCCGAGCCAGGAAGUUCAAGUUACUCAUCUGAUGAUGAUGUCUGGGUGCGUCUAGGGCCUUAUUAAAAUGCACAGGAUCAGCAGGGUUCCUUGUAAAUAAGUUGAAACACUAAAAUGUUUCUGCUAUGGAAAGUGUUUUUAAAAGGUAUACUUUGCUUUUCCUGAGGGUAUUAGUUAACUUCAGGUUUGAUUUAGAAAUGGUACUGUUUGAAAUUCUAACAAUGUUAGAAUUUACACACUACAAGAAAUCACUCUAUUUAAUAAUUUGCUGUGCCAAAAAUCUGAGUUGAUUUAAUUGGUUAACAUGUUUAUUUUUCAUUAUCUUAAUUUAUCCUGCCAUCAAUUUUUACAUUCAUUUAGGGCCACAAGCAAUGUAACUUUUGAAAUUUAAUUUUUUUUAAUGUAAAAUUGGACUAGGAAUUGCUGGUAGGGUUUUCAAAGUGCAUAUUUUCCUUCAGAACAGUAUAGUAGAUUUCCAGAAAAACUGGUGGGUUUUUUACAAAAUAUAUUCUAUGUAGAAUACAGUUUACGUUUUAGUUUGGUUUUCUACCCUUCGCAAAGAUAAAAAAUGGAUAUAUGUCUUGAAUGUGCAGAUUAGCCUUAAGCUCACUGAAAGUUUGGAGAGAAAUUUGAGUUUAAUUUUGGAAUAUAAAAUGUUUACUUGCUAAAGGGACUAAUUUUCCGUUUGAAAGAAUUGUAUUCUAGUAGUGUCACUAAUCUUUUAAAAACCUUUCUAAAAACAAAAAGUAACUUGCUUUAUAAGUUCUUAUUUUAAAUCUGUACCAGAUACAUGCUUCCUUGAAGCAGAGAAACAAUCUUUUUUUCUCCACUGGAGACACGAUUGUAGAAAAUUUCAUCCAUUGCCUUAAAAAGUUUAUAUGAUUCCUGAAAUAUUUUGGCUGUAUGGUUUUGUGUUCAACUUAGAGGACUCUUCAGCAGGGAGUGAUUUAUUGAUUUAUUCUUUACUAUUUGUGAGGCAAUACUGGUUUUUGUAAAUGUGGAUAAACUAAAAACAGUAUUAUAUUGAGACCGUUAGUUAUUUUGUCUAUCAGCUCUAAAAUCAAGUGCCAGCAAAGAACAUUAUGCCUUUGAGCUGUGCAUAGAAUUGUUUUUAAAUAAUCUGUACGUCACUGUAAAUGUUCUUAAUUACCAGUUUUAAGGUAUGUUUAUGCCACAAGUUGACAGUUAAAGAACGUAAAUGGAUGAUGGCAUUUGGGACCAAUAGUUAAAGUAUGUUUCCUCUAAAAUAUUUCCCUAAGCAGUGGUAUUGGAUGGUUAUUUUAUUAUUGUGUUUGUAUCUGUGAACCAUGUUCCAGUCUUGUUUAUGUUUUUCAUUUUAUCAACAAAUUGUAAGAGAAAACCCAGGAAUAAAGACUAAAUUGCACAAAACUGACAUAGUUAGAUACAAGAAAAUACAGGUGCUUUCCUUUUCAGGGUUUGUUAAUACAUAUGUUGUCCCGAUACAUUUACAUGAUAAAUGGCCAGAUGCUUAUGGUCUAUAGAUUUUUCUAUAUUCAGUUAAAUGAUUUUCCUGAAUCUUUUUAGUAACACUCUAAUCCCUCUUCUAUGUUUAUUCUCUAGUGACAGAACGCUAUCGUUUCUUUCACCCUGGUAGAGUACAGAAGUGUACUCUGGUGUGGGAAACAGAAUUUUUUCAGUGAAAUGUCUUAGGAUAAAAAAAGAGAGAGGGAGAGAGAAAAUGAUAAAGAAAAACAAAUAAUGCUUUCCUAGCCAUUCUGCUUGGCCAUUUGAAGAGUCAGUAGGACAUUCCUGUUUAACAUUAUUUUUAGUGAAAUGAGAUGCUUGCCCUAGCGAUAUGUGUUCCUUCAAAAGGGCAAACAUGCUUUAGUGGCCUAAAGCUAAAUUUUGUCCCAUUUAAUAUCAGGGAUAUUAUAAGGACUGCUGUUCACAUAGCUAUUUCUCGGUACCGUUACUUUUCUGGCCAACUUUUUCUUCAUCAGUAAUUUCUUUUUGAUAGCUUUUUGUUUGUAAGGUUGGAAUAUAAGACAUGGCUUAUCUCAACUGGAUUACCUUCUGCAGAGUUAAGGUAUUGCAACCAAUUUAUAAAAAACAAAUUCUCUUGUCAUUCUCAACCUUUGAGUUAAAGCCUGAACUAAAUAGUACUCAUGUCUUAAUUUACAAUGAGGUUUUCUUGAGAAGUAUUUUUAUUUCAUGACAUUUGUGAAUUGAGGAGUAGAUGUUAACUAUUGUUUUAUAGAAAAGUGAUUUGUACGUGAUUAGUUGCAAAUAAAACAGGCACUAGAACACAGGCCUGCUGACUUCUUAGUCCACACUGAUUGACACAGCUAGUACUGUUCAGUUCCUUUAUUGACAGGAAAGCACCCUUGUCUGUUUUCCAAUUAAUCAGCUCAUCUUUUAGGAAAUACUCAAUAUAAUGUAGUUUUUAGGACUAAUAUUUGUAAGAUUUAGAAUGAUUGUAAUUACCUUUUGUAUCUAUAUUCUUAUAGUCUGAAAAGUUCACAGAACCUAAAUUUGCAAAUACUUUUAAAUUCAAGGGACAAGUAUCAUUUGUGUUUCCAAAAGGAUAAAAUAGAAACGAAGACCCAGACUUUUCUAUCUUCCUGUUCGCUGCCCUUAGGGUGUUACCCUGGUCCACGUGAUCCAAGCUGGCUCAUCAUCAUGUCCACAUUCCAGCCAUCUGAAAGAAAGGGAAGGGAAGUUUUGCAUAUCACUCGUGGUCACAUACCAUUGGUAAGGUCUUAACCCCAUAGCCACACCUAGCUGCAGUCUAUUCUGGGUCACCAUGUUGUUGUUGUUAGGUACCUUUGAGUCGGUUCUGAUUCAUAGCGACCCUGUGUACAACAAAACAAAACACUGCCCAGUCCCGUGCCACCCUCACAGUUGUUACGCUUGAGCCCAUUGUUGCAGCUACUGUGUUGAUCCAUCUCGCCGAGAGUCUUCCUCUUUUUCGCAGACCCUCUACUUUACCAAACGUGAUGUCCUUCUUCAGGGACCGUUCCCUCCUGAUAAUGUGUCCAAAGUACAUGAGAUGAAGUAUGACCAUUCUGCCUUCAAAGGAGCAUUUGGCUGUACUUCUGAGAUAGAUUUGUUCAUUCUUCUGGAAGUCCAUAAUAUAUUCAAUAUUCUUCACCAACACCAUAACUCAAAGGCGUCAGUUCUUCAGUCUUCCUUAUCCAUUAUCCAGCUUUCGCAUGCAGAUGAGGCAAUUGAAAAUACCAUGGCUUGGAUCAGGCGCACCUUAGUCCUCAAAGUGACUGAUAUCUUUGUUUUUUUUAACACUUUAAAGAGGUUUUUGCAGUACAUAUGCCCAGUGCAGUAUGUCAUUUGAUUUGUUGACAGCUGCUUCCAUGGGUGUUGAUUACAGACCCAAGUAAAAUGAAAUCCUUGACAACUUCAAUCUUUCUCUGCUUAUCAUGCUGUUGCUUAUUGGUCCAGUUGUGAGGAUUUUUGUUUUAUGUUGAGGUGUAACCCAUACUGAAGGCUGUAGUCUUGAUCUUCAUCAGUAAGUGCUUCAAGUCCUCUUUACUCUCAGCAGGCAAGGUUGUGUCAUCUGCAUAUUGCAGAUGGUUAAUGAGUUUUCCUCCAAUCCUGGUAUCGCAUUUCUAUAUAGUCUAGCUUCUCGAAUUAUCACUCAGUAUACAGAUUGAAUAAGUAUGGUGAAAGGACACAACCCUGAUUUUAAACUUUCCUGAUUUUAAACCACUAAGUAUGCCCUUGUUCUGUUUGAAUGACUGCCUCUUAGUCUAUGUACAGGUUCCUCAUGAGCACAAUUAAAUGUUUUGGUAUUCCCAUUCUUUACAAUGUUAUCCAUAAUUUGUCAUGAUCCACACAGCCGAAUGACUUUGCAUAGUCCAUAAAAUACAGGUAAACAUCUUUCAGGUAGUCUCUGGUUUCAGUCAAGAUCCAUCUGACAUCAGCAGCCAUAUCCCUGGUUCCAUGUCCUCUUCUGAAUCUGGCUUGAAUUUCUGGCAGUUCCGUGUCGAUUUACUGCUGCAAUCACUUUUGAAUGAUCUUCAGCAAAAUUUUACUUUUGUGUGAUAUUAAUGGGAAACCCUGGUGGUGUAGUGGUUAAGUACUAUGGUUACUAACCAAAAGGUCAGCAGUUCGAAUCCACCAGGUGCUCCUUGGAAACUCUAUGGGGCAGUUCUCUAUCCUAUAGGGUCGCUAUGAGUCGGAAUCAACUCGACAGCAGUGGAUUUUGGUGGGUGAUAUACUGUCCAAUAAUUUCCACAUUCUUUUGGAUCACCUUUCUUUGGAAUGGGCACAAAUAUGGAUCUCUUUUAGUCAGUUAGCCAGGUAGCUGUCUUCCAAAUUUCUUGGCAUGGAUGAUUGAGCACCUCCAGCGGUGCAUCAGUUUGUUGAAACAUCUCAAUUGGUAUUCCAUCAAUUCCUGGAGCCUUAUUUUUCGCCAAUGGCUUCAGUGUAGUGUGGACUUCUUCCUUCAGUACCUCGGUUCUUGAUCAUACGCUACCUCCUGAAAUGGUUGAAUGUCGACCAAUUCUCUCUAGUACAGUGACUGUAUUUUUUUGAUCUUUUGAUGCUUCCUGCAUCGUUCAAUAUUUUCCCCAUAGAAUUCUUCAAUAUUGCAACUCAAGAUUUGAAUUUUUCCUUCAGUUCUUUCAACUUGAAAGAUGCCAUGUUUGUCUUAGUCUGGGUUCUCUAGAGAAGCAAAACCAGCAAAGCGUGUAUAUAUACAUAGAGAGAGAGAGAGAUUUAUAUCAAGGAAAUGAUUGAAGCGAUUGUAGAUGCUGGAAAGUCCCAAGUCCGUGGAUUAGGCUGGAGGCUUCUGACUCUUGUAGCUGUGGAAGCUGCUGAACCCAAGAUCGGCAUAUCAGCUGUUAGUCCACUCUCCAAGAACCAAAGGUCAGAUAAACAGGAGCCAGCUGCAGGACCAGAGUGAGAAAAAGCCCAUGAGUCCUGCCAGAAAAUCCACCUAUAUUGGCUGCAAACCACAUACCCGAGGGAAAUGCCCUUUCAACUGACUGGUUAGUCACAGCAGAUCCCGUCAUGGAGGUGAUCACAUUUUAUCAGAUCUCUUCAGGGAGGUUGUCAUGAAUUAUGUCCCUCCAAAAAUGUGUGUAUCAAUUUGGUUGGGCCGUUAUUUCCAGUAUUGUGUGGUUGUCCUCCAUUUUGUGAUUAUAAUUUUAUGUUAAAGAGGAUUAGGGUGGGAUUGUAACACCCUUACCCAGGUCACAUUCCUGAUCCAAUAUAAAGAGAGUUUCCUUGGGGUAUGGCCUGCACCAAAUUUUAUCUGUCAAGAGAUAAAAAGGAAAGGGAAGCAAGCAGAGAGUGGCAGACCUCAUACCACCAAGAAAGCACCGGGAGCAGAGCGCGUCCUUUGGACUUGAGGUUCCUGUGCUGUAAUGCUCCCAAACCACGAGAAGAUCGAUGACAAGGACCUUCCUCCAGAGCCGACAGAGAAAGCCCUCCCCCGGAGCUGACACCCUCAAUUUGGACUUGUAGCCUACUAGACAAUGAGAGAUUAAAAUUUCCUUUUUGUUAAAGCCAUCCGCCCGUGGUAUUUCUAUUGCAGCAGCACUAGAUGACUAAGACAGAGGUGAUUACAUCAUUAUACAAUUUCUGGACUACAUCAUAACUGCCAAACCACUGAGUAUCAUGGCCCAGCCAAGUUGAAACACAACAAUCACAGUCCAGCCAUUGUCAACACCUGUACACAUCUCCUUAAACCAUACAUAAUUUCUGAAUAAAGACAAUUGUAAAAUUAUAUUUGUGCCUAACAUGAUACAACUUACAUGAAUACCACCGAAAACACACUAGCUCUGUUUACAUCUUAUAUUCUGUAAGUGAAGAAAACAAAUAUUUGAUGCACAAAUACAAGGCAGAAAUAUUCAUAACAGUUAUAUUCCUCAUUUCUGCAACUAGUCACAUGGUUAUAACUGGUAUUUAGAACUACCUUCUUCCA